AUGAAUGAGGUAUAUAUUAUGUAAACAUUAUGUAGAAUCUAAAUCUACAAAAACUGUUGAAUAAUCAUCUUAAUCCAACUAUUGAUAACCUUUAGAUUAUAUAUUCCAAAUUAUAGCAGUUAUAAUAUUUUAAUUCCUUUAUCGAGAAGAAUCUUAAAGGAACAUAAAGGGAGAGUUUAUUAUAUGUACAUAAAAUACCCAUAUUAGUUAUGUGGCAAAUUCAGAAUGGAACAUUUUAAAGGAGGAGAAUUAAUAUUCAAAGAGGGAGACAAGUCAAACGAUAAAUUAUAUAUAAUAUUCAAUGGAAAAGUUGCAUUGAUGAAAGCAAGGCCCUAAUAAAUCUAAUAAUCCAUUGAAAAAUCUCCUGAUAUUCAAAAAACACCAUCAGUACCACAAAAUUAAUUGUCUAAGCCUGCUCCUCUUGUGCCUCAGUAUUUAUAUAAUUAUCAUUGAAUUAGAAAAACUAUAAGUGGUAAUGCUACUGGUACAAACUUUUUUAAAUAGUUGGCAUAUUCUAAAAAGUUUGCUGAUAAAAUGAAGGGAAAUAUAAUAUAAGGUUAAACAAAUGAAAGAGUAUAAAUAACUUAAUAGGAAAUGUAAGUAUUAAGUGAAUAGUAUGGAGAAACAAUAAGAAUAUUAAAGAGAGGCGAAGGAUUUGGAGAUAGAGCUUUAUUGGAGAAUGUUCCAAGAGCAUUAACAGCUUGUGCUUAAACUUAAGAUUUAUUUUUAUUGAUUUUGAAAAAAGAUGAUUUUGAUUUAAUUCGAUAACAAUUCAUAUAGUAAAUGAAAGAGAAGAAAAGUUUAAUAUUUACUAAAUUCCCUGUUUAAGGAGAUUAUUCAUCUAAAUAAUUAGAGCAUUUAGCUUAUAGUUUCGAUGUUGAAUAGUUUUCAAAAAACUGUAUUUUAACAGUAGAUGGAAUACCUAAGAAAUCAUUUUAUUUAAUUUAAUAUGGAGACAUAUUAAUAGAAAAACUGAUAAAUGAUUAAAUGACAAAAAUUUGUAUAUUAAGUAAAAGUCUUUUUAAAUUCAAAUAGCUAAAGGAUAAUUGUUAGGAGAAGAAAUAGUAAUGAAUGAAGAUGGUUGUUGUGAAUAUAAUUCUAUAGUUUUAUCAAAUGAAGCUACAGUUAUGGUUAUUCAUAAACAUGAAUUCUUAUAAAAAUUUCCUGAAGAAUGUAAAUAAUGGGUAAAAGAAGAAUAUUUAAAAAAAAGUAGAUUCAGAAAAAUAUUUUAAUAAAAAAAUAUGGAAAGUUUAACUGGGAUUGGUUAACCUUUAUUCAACUCAGUUAAAUAAUUCAUAGAAAUAAAACAUAACCCAAUGAAGAUUAAAAGUAAGGAAUCUAAUGAAAGAAUUGACAUUGGAACUUUAAUAGGUGAUAAAAAUUCUAUUUAUCUCAAAAAAUAUUAGAGCAAUCCAGAAAAUGAUGCAACUGCUUCUUUAUUUGGAUAAGAUUUAUAUUUAACUCCAAAAGUAGGUUUUAUUCCAAUAUAUAAUAAAUUUAGUAACAUCCCACUUAAAGCAUUUAAAUAAUAAUAUCUUCAUAAAUUAUGUGUCAAAAAGAGAAGGUUUGAAUUUCUAAGACCUCCUCCUUUAACAGCUAGAGUAUUAACUUUAAAAACUCAUUCAUCUGAGAACUUCAGCAAACAUAAACAGACACUGACAUAAUCUACUGGUAUAAAUUCUUUCACUCCAUGUCUCUCUUCAUCACCUAAUUAAACUAAUUGUAAAGAUAUUAAUUGA